UUUCACCAAAAAAAGAAAAAGAAAGAAAGAAGCGAAUGCAAAGUCCGAGUUCGGAGUUCUGACCCCGACACUCUCUUUUGCAUACUUUCUCUCUCUCUCUCUCGCACACACACACAGCUCUGGUGCUUUCUUUUUGGUUUCUAUUGUUUCAUCCAAAUUCUUGUCCUUGAUAAAAUCGUUCUGCUCUGUUUUUUUUAUUUUCCUUCAUACACAAUAAUUCGCAUUUGGCAAAGCUCCUUAUCUAGUCCCAACUCAACUCAAUCGAGUCCAACCCAGUUCAGCAAGUUGCACAGGGAGGGCUUUCUUCAUAGUUCUUCAAACCUUUACAUUCGGGUUAUAUACUCUUGCUAGAUAUUGAAGAGGUGUGUGUAAAGAACUGCAAAAUGGUGAUUAAAAUGCUUCUGCAAAACCUUAAUUAUAGUAAUCAUCGAGUGCAUGCUCUGCUGCCCCUUCAGUACUUUAUUCGAAACUUUUCACUCUGGUCAAUGAAAAAGGAUCCAGAUCUCGAGUUGGCUCUGUCUAGAAAUCGUCGAUGGAUAGUCAAUAAUCAGAUCAAGAACAUAAUUCUUCGAUGCCCAAACCAGGCAGCAUCUGUGAAAUUCCUGCAGAAGAAAUUCAAGACCCUUGAUCUCCAAGGAAAAGCUAUAAAUUGGCUUAAAAAAUACCCGUGCUGCUUUGAAGUUUAUCUUGUUGGUGACGAGUACUAUUGCCGGCUAACAAAACGGAUGAUGUUUUUGAUAGAAGAGGAAGAAUCUGUCAAAGAUAAUCAGGAACCGAUAUUUGUUGAUAGAUUGGCAAAGUUGCUUAUGAUGAGCUUGAAUCAUAGACUCAAUGUUAUGAAACUUAAUGAAUUAAAGAGAAACUUUGGUUUUCCAGAUGACUAUCUAAUUAGAAUUGUGCCGAAGUACUCGGAUAUGUUCCGGAUAGUUAAUUAUAGUGGGAGACGGAGUUCAAUGGAAAUUGAACUGGUUUCUUGGAACCCUGAUUUAGCAGUUUCCACAAUUGAAGCCUCUGCUCGGAAGCAUGGUUCUCAGCCAUGUUUUUCAUGUUCAUUGCCCUCAACUUGGGUGAAGUCAUGGGAAAGGUUUCAUGAAUUUAAUGCAUCUCCUUAUAUUUCGCCCUACUUGGACCCCAGAGGUUUAUUGGAGGGAUCGAAGGAGUCGGAGAAGAGGACUGUGGGCAUGGUGCACGAGUUAUUGUCAUUGACACUGUGGAAGAAAGUGUCAAUAGUGAAGCUAGGCCAUUUUAGGAGAGAGUUUGGCAUGCCAGAGAAAUUGAAUGUUCUGCUGCUUAAGCACCCUGGCAUAUUUUAUGUUUCAAAUAAGUAUCAAAUAUAUACUGUACUUCUUAGAGAGGGAUAUAAUGGGUCAGAACUAAUAGAUAAAGAUCCUCUAGUUGUUGUGAAGGAAAGAUUUGGGGAGCUAAUGCAGGAGGGACUUCAUGAAUAUAAUAAGAGGCACUAUUUGGUGAAUUUAGAGAAGAGAAAGAAAGACAUGGUUUUAGGUAGAUUAAACAAAAGCAAGGAUAGAAACUCUGAAAUGUCUGAAAAUGAUGACCAGGGAGACAAGUUAGGAGGUCUGUUUGACCCAGAAGAAAGAAAACGGUUUUAUAAAAUUCUCUUUGAUGAGGUUGUUCCAUAAACUUCAAUGGAGAUUUGAAGUACUAGAUGAGGGAUUGAGUGAUGAUGAUGAGGGUGGUGGUCAAAGGUAACUCUCUUUUUAUUGACUCCAAUCCACUCAAUGUCAAAAUUCUGUUUAGAUACUUCAAUGUUAUCUUUUCUGUCACAUUAUUUUGUAUGAUUACAUGGCUUAUUAUGCAUGCUACUUGAUUCAUGUGGAGAAUUCUCUUAUGUCUUGAUGAUUUUAAGAUUAUGGAGUGAUCUUGAGUUUAUUGGCUUUCUGAUAGUUUCUCCUGGCACAAACAAAUUAGAUUUAGUUUUUUUGAUAAGUAACCAAAAACAAAUUAGAUUUAGUUAUAGAGAAUUAUCGUUCCCUAGAUGAAUAUCUUUAUGUAUUGAAGCCCUCAAGGUCAUCUGUGAUGAACUAGCUGCUAUACACAAACCUGUUGAUGAUGCAGACAAAGUCUACUGGGCCCUCAAUGGACUUGGAAGCAAGUAUGACAACCUUGUCAUAGCCAUGCAGGUAAGAUCUCCUUUACCAUCUUUUGAAUAGUUUGUUAAUCUCUUGUCAAUCUGUGAAAGAAGACAAGAAAAUCACAGCUUGAAUGAAAAUAAAGCAUUGUUUGCUCAAUCUCAAAAUAGAGGUCAACGGUCUUCAAACAGUUGUAGUCAAGGAUAUUGUGGAGGUGGCAACUUUAAUCCAAAUGGACAGCUUUACUCAAUCUCACUACAGUUGGGCUCAACAGCCUACUUCUUGAGGCACCUUGAAAGGACUAGUUGGACAAACACAACAAUGUACUCAACAGCUGAAUCACAAUGCUCAAAAGGACAUGGCUUUACUCAAUCUCACUACACUUGGGCUCAACAGCCUACUUCUUAGGUACCUCGAAAAGAAUAGUUGGACAAACACAACAACGUAUUCAACAGCUGAAUCACAAUGCUCAAAAGCAAAAGGUGAUUGUUAUACAUCAAAUAUGUGAGAAACCGGGACAUAAAGCUAUCAGUUGUUGAAAUAGAUACAAUCAUGCCUAUCAAGAUGAAGAGAUCCCCAUAAGCCGUGGCAGUAAUGGCUUUCUCUGAUCCACAAGAUCUUGAAUGGAUUCCUAGGUCAGUAAUGUGCAACCUCUCUG